ACUUCUUCUCUUGUCCCUUUUCGUCUCCAGGCUGACUGACGAGGAGGUUUCUGGAGAGGACGGAGGAUGGCGAACAUCUCCUCGCACAGACACUUCGUCCUGGACGGGUUCUUCGAGCUCGGAGCGCUGAGGCCGGUUCUGUUCGUUCCGUUCUCGAUCAUGUUCGCCAUGUCGCUGUCGGCAAACUCCCUGCUGCUGUACGUCGUGGCCUCCCACAGGAGCCUCCACUCGCCCAUGUGCAUCCUGAUCGCCGGCAUGGCCUGCGUCGACCUGAGCCUCCCGCUGUUCUUCGUCCCCAACAUGCUGCUGAGCUUCCUGUUUGACUGGAGGAGCAUCUCUCUGAUUGGCUGCCUGCUUCAGAUGCACCUCAUUCACUUCGUGGGAGCGUUUCAGUCCACGCUGCUGGUGUGGAUGGCUAUCGACCGCUACUUCGCCAUCUGCACGCCGCUCAGCUACCGCGACCGCAUGGCGCUGCCGAGGUUCCUCAAGUUCAUGAUCCCGUGUUUGAUCAGGAACUUCACGAUGAACACGCUGAUGGUGGGUCUGGCGGGUAGGCUGGCGUUCUGCGGAGGGAACGUCAUGAACCACUGCUUCUGUGAACACAUGGCUUUGGUCAACCUCGCCUGUGGAAGCACCGCCGUCAACAACCUGGUGGGGCUGCUCACCCUCUUCCUCAUCCCCGUCGCCGACUUCAUCCUCAUCACCAUCUCCUACGUCGUCAUCUUUGGCUCUGUGCUGCAUUCGGGAAAAUCGGGCACCAAAGCUCUCCGCACCUGCGUCACCCACAUCGUGGUGAUGGUGGUCAGCCUGAUGGUGGCGCUCAUCGCCUUCCUGUCCUACCGGAUCAGAAACAGCCUCCCAGCGGCCGUCCGGGUUUUCUUCAGCACCAUGUACCUGCUGUUCCCGAGCUGCUUCAACCCGAUCAUCUACGGCAUCCGAACCACCGAGAUCCGACAGCACAUCCUCAACACGCUGAGCUGCUGUCGACGCUUCCACACCGUCACUUAUUCCUAAGAACGUUUUUAAAAACUGCCCACUUUGUUGUGAGCACAAACCAGAAGCAACACGAUGGAGGAACAAUAAAUGCAAACUAUGGAUCAGCACCAAAGGAAGCAGAAUCUCAAAGGUUUACUGAUAGAACAUCUAAAUGUAAGACUAAACUGUAAAACUAUCCGUGAUAAAUGAAGCUUACUGGUGUUUUGUUGUGUUCUCUGAUGGAAGCGUUUGGCUGGAUUUACACUGUGAAGUCGUUCAGGUCCAAACAGAGAGGACAGAACACGUGGACCAGAACCUGGAUGACCUCCUGGACUGUGGUUUGGUCUGGAUCAGGUCUGAAUCUGGGUUGGAUCGGUUCCUGAAUCUGGUUUGGGUGUGGAUCUGGAUCAUGUGUGGACCUGGAUCUAACUGGAUCUAGACUGUAUCUGGGUCUGAACUGGAUCUGAAUCUGGAUGGAAUCUCAAUCUGUACCUGGAUUUGGUCAGAGUCCGUAUAAGGGUCUAGAUCUGUUUUGGAAUGUGGAUUCAAAUCUGUUUUGGAUCGAAAUCUUAUUUUGGAUCUUGAUCUGAAAGUGGUUUGGAUCUGGAUUAUGGACAUAUUAAAGACAUUCACAGCUUUAAAUCCUCUUCAAACCCGAUCUCUCUACUCUGUUCAGCGUCUGUAGAAAGAUGUUUCACCGUGCUGGAUGUAUCUACAACAACUUGCUGCUCUGUUCACUGUUUCUGAGCCAUGCUGCCCUUAUUUCAUUGAUCCAGUUUGUUUUCUUGUGCUUUCUGUUUUCUUGUGCUGUCUAAAACUGUCCAAAAUGACUUUAAAACUUGUCUAAAAUAACUUGAAAUUUGUACAAAGUAACAUUAAUUGUCCAAAAAUUACUCAAAAAAGCUUGAAAACUGUUAAUUUAAUAUUGCAAUUUUUGAGUCACUACAAACAGAAAUUUGGGGCAAGUAUUUUGUCAUUUUGUACCAGCUUUAGUCCAGGUUUUAGUCUCAUCAGCUGUAGAAAGACUUUUCACCAUGCUGGACAGUAGAUUCUAUCAUUCUUACAUUCUGGAUCAUCUCAGUCUAAUAUUGUCCAAAAUCUCUAAGAGAAAUUUGAUGGGUGAGACGUAAAAUGUCCUAAUUCUGGAAUGAGCCUUUAUUACUUUACAUUUUCAGAACCAAAAAAUACAUUUCAGCUUUGUUAAAAACCACAACCAAAUCAAUUUCAUAUCCCAAAAUAAAUCUGCUUUUAGUUCAGCAAAUUUUUUUCUAUAUCCAAUUUGGAGCAUAUAUUGUAGUUUUAACAGCAAAACUGCAGCGAUUUACUGCCUUUGAAACGAGUGUUGGUUCCCUGGAUGUGCUUCUGUUUUCUGAUUUUUCAGUAGAAAAAUGUUUUUAAAAGAAUUUUGGCUACAUAUCAGCAUGUGUGAUAGAUUUAGGUAAAAACAAGUUAUAACAAAUGCAAAAUCACAUUUUUACCAAUAUUUUGAUACUAGGCUCACUUUUUAGACGUGAUUCAUGUGCCAAAACUAAUUUAUAAUUUUAAUAAUACAGUGUAAAAAGACGAGAACAUAAAAGAAUCAACACUGAGAUAAAUCAAACUGACCCAUAA